UGACCUGUAGCUGCUGCAUUUCCUACUCUCAGCUUAUACUCGAGUCAAUAAGUUUCCUCAGUUUUUUGUGGUAAAAUUAGGUGCAUCGGCUUAUAUUAGGGUCGGCUUAUACUCGAGUAUAUACAGUAUAUAAACAGACACAGAGGCAAUAUCCCAUUUUCCAGCUUCAUGAGAGUAUGCUCGAUUCCCACCACAGGGGGAACUGCCGCUUCACUGUCCACCCGAAGACCUCCGGGAUAUGGAGCAUGUGCAGAGUGCCUAGCUUCUCCACUAAGCUCUCUUUCCUCUCCUCUCUCAUAGCCAGCCGUCCUUGUGCCCCCCGUUUUCUCAGCGCCAGGGCCAUGGUCUGCGUCUGCAAUGCCACCUACUGCGACACAAUGGACCCGGUCUCCAUCCCUGCCGUCGGCCGCUUUGUCAAGUACGAGAGCACCCGUGCGGGUGGACGCCUGGAGCGCAGCGAAGGGGUGAUCCAGCCAAGCACCUCUGGCUCAGGCUUGCGAUAUACGUACAACCCUUUUGUGCACUACCAGCGCAUCAAAGGUUUCGGCGGGUCCCUCACAGACGCGGCUGCGAUCAACAUCAUGCGCUUGUCCCCGGCAGCCCAGGACCACUUGCUCCGCUCUUACUUCUCUGAAGAAGGGAUUGAGUACAACCUUUUGCGCCUGCCCAUGGCAUGCUCUGACUUCUCCACCCGAGCGUACAGUUAUGCGGAUCAGUGCGCGAACGACUACGACUUGCGGUGCUUCAGCCUGGCUUACGAGGACACUGAACUGAGGAUCCCUCUCCUCCAUCGCUUUGUGGCUGCCGCGAAGAGGCACCUCUCCCUCAUCGGCAGCCCGUGGUCUGCUCCCGGCUGGCUGAGGACCAACAACCAAGUGAUGGGCAAAGCGCGUCUGAAGGGAGAGCCGGGCGACAUCCACCACAAGACCUGGGCCCGCUAUUUCGUCAGGUUCCUGGACGAAUACGCCCGUCACAACGUCACCUUCUGGGCAGUCACGGCUCAGAACGAGCCCUCGUCCUCGGUGUUUAUUCCCAUGAAGAACUUCCCCAUGACCCAGUUCAGUCCGGAGAAGCAGCGGGACUUCAUCAUCGCGGAUCUGGGCCCAGCCUUGGCCGCCAGUCGCCAUAAGGACGUCCUGCUCAUCAUCCACGACGACCAGAGGAUCCACCUGCCCAACUGGGCCAACGUGGUCAUCGGAAACAGCAGUGCUGCCAGGUACGUGGCUGGGAUCGGGAUCCACUGGUACCUGGACAGCGUGACUCCUCCUGGACUCACCUUGGAGGCCACCUACCUGCUCUUCCCAGACUUCUUCCUGCUCUACACAGAAUCCUGCAACGGCUUCCGGGUCUGGGAGCCCAGAGUGGACCUCGGGAGCUGGGAACGAGGCGUCCGCUACUCCCAAAACAUCCUGACGAACCUCAACAGCUUCAUUGUGGGUUGGAUUGACUGGAACCUGGUCCUGGACAUGGAAGGGGGACCCAACUAUGUGAAGAACCACGUGGACAGCCCGAUCAUCGUGAACCCCCUUCGAGACGAGUUCUACAAGCAGCCCAUGUUCUACCACUUGGCCCACUUCAGCAAAUUUAUCCCCGAAGGCUCCAUCCGGGUCGCCAUGACCAAAAAUUUUGAAAUUACUGGCUGCCAAUUGCAAAGCACCGGCUUCGUGCGUCCGGACGGCAUCGCCGUAGUAGUCGUGCUCAACAAGUGCUCCUGGGACGUGAAUUUUAGCAUCGCCGAUGACCAGCUCGGCGACAUUGAGGACAUUGCUCCGGCCCAAUCCAUCCAAACCUACCUUUGGGAGAGGCGAUGAGACGAAAUGAUGGGCUCCUGUCAAAACGAGAUCUGGUGACGCCCAGAAGAAGGAGGUCACCUUCUCCAAUCCAUGAAGGUGACCUGGAUGGACCGAGGAGUGGACAACUUUGCUCUCUAAAUGCUCACGUGCCAGUAUCUUUCCUGGUUUUGACACCAGACAUUGUUAUGAUAAGGCAAAAAGCCGUACAUACCCCAAAGGGCUGUCUCAUUGAAAUGGCCGCCGCCCCAUGUGCACAGUUAACAAAGAAUAUAUACCUUGGCUUAUCUAAAA